AUGGACAAGUCUUGGAUUUUCAAAGAUAGGGAUACACUUGACUAUGAAAUCGGGGUUGAAGAGUUUUUAAUAUUUGCCGAGGAAAAUGCUAGUGAUACUAAAAAAAUCCCAUGCCCCUGCAAAAGAUGUGUUAACUUUAAAAAAUUUGCAGUUAAGAUUAUUAGGGGACAUUUAUAUGAAUACGGUUUUAGUUUGGGAUACCUUGAUUGGAUUUGGCACACACAAGGGUGUGGAAUCACUGGAUCAACAGUUCAUGACAAUGCCCCUAGCCCUGCACCUACGCUUGACCCUGCAUCGAUGCAUUCCCCUGGUCAUGCAUCACAAACAGUCAAUGUUUGUGAUGCUGCGUAUAAUUCGAGUGAGUACAAUAAUGAGUCGUAUCAGUUUAGGAGAUUUGUGGCUGAUGCUCAACAGCCUUUGUAUGAGGGUAGUGAAUGCACCAAAUUGGAGUCGAUGCUAAAACUGCAUAAUUGGAAAGCAAGGUUUGGAAUUAGUGAUAGCGCCUUUACAGAUUUAUUGUCUACUGUUGGCUCUCUCCUUCCUAAGGAAAAUGUGAUGCCACCUAAUGCAUAUGAAGCCAAGAAAACAUUAUCCAACUUAGGCCUAGAAUACAUAAAGUACCACUCAUGUCCAAACGAUUGCAUACUAUAUCGGGGGGUAUAUGUUGAUGCUUCUAAGUGUCCUAAGUGUAGUCUAUCUCGCUGGAAGUUAGGAAAGGAUGGUAAAGUAAGGAUUAAUGUUCCUGCUAAAAUAAUGUGGUAUUUUCCAAUUAUUCCGAGAUUGAAGCGAAUGUUUAAAUCUCCUUCUACAUCUGAACUGAUUACCUGGCACGCAAAGCAGCGAAUAGAAGAUGGAAAGAUGCGGCAUCCAGCCGACUCUCCUUCUUGGAGAAAUAUCGACUAUAGGUGGCCUGCCUUCGGUAGUGAGGCAAGAAAUAUUCGCUUGGCGUUGUCUGCAGAUGGUAUAAACCCGCAUAAUAACGGUCUAACCAAUAGAUACACUUGUUGGCCAGUAGUACUAGUGACUUAUAAUCUUCCUCCGUGGUUAUGCAUGAAGAGGAAGUUUAUGAUGCUAACAGUUUUAGUUCCCGGUCCUCAUGAGCCUGGUAAUGACCUUGAUGUAUAUUUACAGCCUCUAAUCGAUGAUUUAAAGAAGUUGUGGGAGGAAGGUGAACCAAAUGUCUAUGAUGCACACACUAAGUUGUAUUUCACUUUAAAAGCAAUUUUAUUGUGGACAAUAAACGACUUUCCCGCAUAUGGAAAUCUGUCCGGAUGUGUUAAUAAAGGUUAUAUGUCUUGUCCAAUAUGUGGUGAUGAUACUGUUGCAAAGUAUUUAAGCCAUAGUAGGAAGAUGUGUUACCAAGGUCAUCGACGUUACUUGGCUAGAAAUCAUCCAUAUAGGAAGCAAAAAGCUGCUUUUAAUGGACAACAAGAAUUAGGGCAGGCACGUCAACCUCUUUCGGGAGAAGAGGUUUUAUUGCAGCAAGAAAAAAUUGAAUUUCAGUUUGGGAAAGAAGUAAGGAAGUCAAAGAAGGUUGACUGUCCAUGGAAGAAAAAGUCAAUUUUCUUCGAGUUAGAGUAUUGGAAAUUUCACCAUGUCCGUCAUUGUCUAGAUGUUAUGCACGUGGAGAAAAACGUGUGUGAUAGCUUGAUUGGCACACUACUGAAUAUGAAACAUAAGUCUAAAGAUAGUGAAGCUUCUCGUCUUGACAUGAUUGACAUGGGGGUUAGGGCUGAUCUAGCUCCACAAAAAGGAGAAAGAAAGACCUAUUUACCUCCUUCGAUUUUUAAUUUGUCCAAGGCAGAAAAGAAGAAGAUGUUGUCAUCGUUAAUGCACAUGAAACUUCCUUAUGGACACGCGUCAAACAUUAAAAACUGUGUUUCCAUGGAAGAAAUAAAAAUGUUUGGGUUGAAGUCCCACGAUUGCCACAUCCUACUUCAACAAUUACUUCCUAUUGCAAUUCGCGCGGUACUUCCAAAAAAAGUCAGGGUCACAAUAAUUAGAUUGUGUUUCUUCUUUAAUGCUUUAUGCAGCAAAGUUGUCGACGUAUCUAAACUAGAUAAAUUGCAAUCAGAUGUAAUAGUAACUUUGUGCGAGCUAGAAAAAAUUUUUCCUGCAUCAUUUUUUGAUGUAAUGAUACAUCUCAUAGUGCACUUGGUUCGGGAAUUACGGUUAUGUGGGCCAGUCUUCUAUAGAUGGAUGUAUGCAUUUGAGAGGUUUAAUAAGGUGUUGAAGAGUUACGUACGCAAUCGUUACUACCCCGAAGGUUGUAUAGCAGAAUGUUAUCUUGGAGAAGAAUCGAUUGAAUUCUGCCAAGAGUUUGUCAAGCAAACUUGCACCACUGCUGGUCUUCGCAAAGGUGAAGGCAAGUUAAGUGGUCCAUUAUCUGUUGCGGUAAUGAAAUCAAUCGAAGAAAAAGAGAGGGAUGAAGCUCAUUUACACGUUCUUCUAAACAACCUUGAAGUACAGCCAUAUAUCUUAAUGCAUAAGGAGUAUCUAGAGGAAAUCCAUCGUGGGAAAAAGAAAAGCGUUCAUUGGCUCUUGAGAGAGCACAAUAACAGUUUUGCUGAUUGGUUUCUAGAAAAAGUCAGUAGUGAAAUGGUGGAGAAUCCUGGAGGAGUUUCAGAGACAGUAAGAUGGAUAGCUGGAAAACCAUCAUUUUCAGUUAUGACUUACGAAGCUUAUCUAGUAGACGGGGUCCGAUACUUUACAAAACAGCGAGACAAUGUGAGGGUAGUUCAAAACAGCGGAGUGUCUUUAGUUGCUAAAACUGUCCAAGUGUCUAGCGCUAAAGAUUUAAACCCCGUAGAAAGUGACUUGACAUUUUAUGGUGGUAUCCUAGAUAUAUGGGAGCUGGAUUAUCAUGCAUUCAAAGCCCCACUGUUUUUAUGUAAUUGGGCGGACAAUGACAAGGGAAUUAAGGUGGAUGAUCUUGGGUUCACACUUGUCGAUCUAAGUCGACAAGGCCACAAGAGAGAUAAAUACGUGUCUAUAGAUCAAGUAAAGCAAGUUUAUUAUAUUGAAGAUCCGGUGGAUGCCAAGUGGUCCGUCGUAUUAACCUCUACAACUCGAGACUACCAAGAGGUGUAUAACGAUGAUGAUUUAGGAGACACAACCAUGGAAAAUCCUCCAUUCUGCUGCCAAAUUCCUACAUGUGAUGUCGGUGAUGAUGUUGAGAAAAGUAUUAGAGAAAAUAUUAAGGGCACUUGGGUUAAGAAGUGA